AACGGUUGUGAACCAAAAAGCCAGGGCGUGGUCGCCCCGCCCACCAGCCCCUACAUCACCACCCCUCUCGCCGCUUUCAAGCGUGGGGAUUGGCUGAACGCAAGAAAGAGCCCCGCCCCUGGUCUUAUGACUCGGGCUGAAGCGGAGAUUCUUGGCUCUCACACCGCUGUGGUCGGUGGUCACCCGUGCGCUGUCCCCAGGUCCAGUGAGCCCUUUCUCUGGUGUUGCUGCCCUUGUUGUCACCGCCGCCUCCAGCCCUGUAGGAUCAUGGUGUACUUCCGUCCCUCCUGGCUUUCAGGCUCCGGGCUCCUGCUGCUCUGUCUCGUCCUGGGAGCUGACCAGUCUCAUGCCUUGGAAUAUAAUUUGACAGAUUCAUCAAAUGCUACUUGCCUUUAUGCAAAGUGGCAGAUGAAUUUCACAGUAACGUAUGAAACUACAAACAAAACUUAUAAAACGGUAAACAUUUCAGACCUAAGCAAUGUGACAUAUGAGGGAAGCACUUGUGGAGAUGACCAGAAUGGUCCCAGAGUAGCAGUGCAAUUUGGAUCUGGUUUUUCCUGGAUUGUAAACUUCACCAAACAUGCUCCUAAUUAUUUGAUCGAUACCAUCUCGUUUUCCUACAAUAUUCAUAAUCACACAACAUUUCCUGAUGCUGAACAUAAAGGAAUUAUUACCAUUGACAAUCAUGUGGCAUUAAAAGUUCCAUUGAAUGACAUCUUUAGAUGCAAUAGUUUGAUAACUAUAGAAAAGAAUAAUGUCACUCAGCACAUUUGGAAUAUUCUUGUACAAGCUUUUGUCCAAAAUGGCACGGUGAGCACAAAAGAAUAUCUGUGUGAUGAAGACAAACAUUCCACAACAGUGGCACCCAUCAAUCACACCACUGUGCCAUCUCCUACUCCAACACCCACUCCAAAGGAAAAUCCCUAUGUGGGAAACUAUUCGGUUCGUGAUGGUAAUAGCACUUGUCUACUGGCUACCAUGGGGCUGCAGCUGAACAUCAGUCAAGAUAAGGUUUCUUCAGUCAUUAACAUUAACCCCAAUUCAACUGGUGUCACUGGCAGCUGCCAUCCUCAGACUGCUCAGCUUAGGCUAAACAGCAGCAACAUUAAGUAUCUUGACUUCGUCUUUGCUGUCAAAAAUGAAAACCGAUUCUAUCUGAAGGAAGUGAAUGUCAGCUUGAAUUUGGCUAAUGGCUCUGUUUUCAGCAUUGCAAAUAACAACCUUAGCUACUGGGAUGCUCCUCUGGGAAGUUCUUAUAUGUGCCACAAAGAGCAGACUGUUUCAGUAUCUAGAACAUUUCAGAUAAAUACCUUUGAAUUAAGAGUUCAGCCUUUCAAUGUGAUGGAAGGAAAGUAUUCUACAGCCCAGGAAUGUUCGCUGGAUGAUGACACCAUUCUAAUACCAAUUAUAGUUGGUGCUGGUCUUUCAGGCUUGAUUAUCGUUAUAGUGAUUGCUUACCUAAUUGGCAGAAGAAAAAGUUAUGCUGGAUAUCAGACUCUGUAACACUAAUCCACAUGUGAUCUCUGUUAUCAAACAAUAAAGCAAGUACAAGUUCCAACCUGCAAUACUGUUCAAUUUAAGGUAUAUUUAGUUGUAGUCCUGCUCUUAGAAUGGGUGGUAUGAGAGAUUUUUGAACUUAAACAAAAAAAUUCUAUAAACUAUAAAUUAGCCAUGUGAUAUUGGUUUCCCAACCAAGGAAUAGUUAUUUCUAUAGUAAAAGACACAUGCAAAAUCACCUGUAUUAUAGGUUCUAUUUUACUGUCUUGAAUUAGUAUUUCAGUGUUUUCACUUAUGUAUAUCUGACUAGAAAUAUACAGCUUAGGAAAAACAAUUUUUGAAAAGAUAUCUUUUCCUUGCAUGAGGUUGAGUUGGGACAACAUAUUCUAUAGUGAAUUUGUACUUGCUCCUUUUUGCUUUUUUUUUUUGUGUGUGAUUUUGUUUGCAGGUUAACUUAGCUACUUUGGCAUUGCUGCAUAUUUGAUCCAUGAAAGAGAUGCUAGUAGAUUUGAACAGGGCCUAGUAUAUUAUGUUCUUACAAAUGAAUGCUUUUCUCAUGCUUUUUGAAUACAUUUGUACUUAAUGUGGCUGUAAUGACAAAAGACACAAAAGCUUUUUCAAUUUUAGAAUAGGUGUUAAUCUUAUUGUUUAAUGC